CACCGUGAGUGGUGCUGCUUAUGUGCUUAUCUCGAUUGUGUUUUCUCGUCUGGGUGGGUAGUGGCCAAUGCCAUUAGAUUGCCUAAUUAUUUUAAAGUUUUUCUCGUAGCACCUGCGAGGAGAGUCUCUAGUUAGUUUAGUGGAUCCUCCUCAAACAAUUUCGUUAAUAGUUUUAGUAAACCAACUGAAACUCGGCCAUAGAGAGAGAAAAAUAAAAAUUCGGGUGCGAUGGAGUGUGACGAUGCUGCUGUUGAAAGGCAGAAGCUGGUGUCCAACGACGAGGAGGACGACCAGGCCACAAUCACCAACCUAUCGUCAAGCGGCCAGGCCAAAUCAAUUCAAACGCCAAUCUCCCCCGUGCUCAGCAAUAAGAUUUUCUCCAGCAGCGAUACCAGUCGCAGCCACAAUUCCACUAGCUAUCCAGCGAGUGUUGGCAAGGUCAACAAUCAAAGCAGCGAUGGUCCUCCAGCAGCCCGACUGAACUACGUCAACGAACGCAAAAACCAGGAAGCUCCCAAGGCCAAACCGAAAAAAAUUCAAAGAGAUCUCACUCCAAACAGCGAGAUCAGCUCAAGCAACAGUAGUAGUUUUCCACUUAGUUCCCGGCGCAACAUGCACAAUCUGUCCUCUGAUCACUCGCUUCUGGCCAGUAGCAGCAGCAGCCGCCAGCACUCGAAUGCUGCGACUGCCAACAGUAGCUCGAUUAGUUUGAACAAAAGUCACAGCUUUACCUCGCGACCACUGAAGCAUCACUCUUUCAUAUCAGAAGUGCCGGACGUGCGACACAUGGAACGGGCCCUGCUCGGUUUGCUGGAGGAUUUCCAUUCGGGAAAGCUAAAAGCGUUCGGAUCUGGUUGUACGAUGGAACAGAUGACGAGCAUCCGCGAACAGCAGGAAAGUCUAGCGAAGCUUCACUUUGAUCUGGGCAACGAGUGUUCGCUGAGCAACAAUACCGGCACGAACAACGAGGCACAAUCCCAGAACAACAUGAAAAAGCUGGUCAACAAACUAGAACAGCUAUCGUUUUCCAUAGAAAAACUUCACUCCAGCAAGGUGGAACCCUAGUUUUUUCCGUUAGUUACUAUACUCAUGAAGUUUUGGAACAUAUUUCGAGAACAUGCUCACAUCGAUGAUCGAAAUUUUUUUAUCAAGAAAUUUUGUUUAUUCAUUUAGGGUAAGUGCCAAUAUUCAGUGAAAGUUUAUGGAAUAACAGUUCUCAUCAGUUAAUUUUUUUCUGAAACAAUUGAAUCUUGAGAUGUGUUCCACUAGGUGCUAGGUUCAAACUUCGAUGGAUUAUUUUGGUUUCCAUUCACUAGAUGACGAAGGUUUUGAAAAAUAAAAUUUUAUUUAUCUUUUA